AUGCAAAUUACCAGAUUAACAAACGUGGUGGUGAUUUUAUUUUUGUCAUUAACAGUUAUGGCCAUAGAGGUUAAUUUAACUAGAUUCACUGAUUGUAUUUCCUAUUAUUCAAAUGAAACAUACACAUACAACAUCGAAGAAGGAAAGAUAGCUGUAUUCCCAGAAAAUGAUAGAGUCUUAGAUAGAAGAGGUGUUGAUAGUGUUGUUUUUAGAUGUGCUGAAAUGAUUAAUGCACCUGGUGUUUUUUACCUUAGACAAAAUUCUCAUCCUGCUUAUACUCCAGUGGAUGCAUUAACAGGUUUCCAAUUACUUGAACAAACAAUAGGAGGUCUUAUUACACUUGAUCGUCCACAGAAUAAACACAUAUAA